AGUAAGUAUAUAAGCCGGCGUGGAAAAAGAGGGAUCCCAUCUCCGAGGAUUAGCAGCUUUCUCCGAAAAAAAAAAUGGGGAAGAAAAAAAAAAAGAUUACUGUGUUGUUAAGCAAAUUAAAGCAGGAGACUCACUCAGCUCCUCCAAAGCGCGAUUAAGGAUGAAAACACAAUUAUGAUCACAACUUGUACAGCCUUUUUACUGAUGGAAUGGUUUCUUAUUUAUGUAGCAGAUGAAGCCCACAACCCGUGCCAUCCCCUCUAUAGAUUUUUUUUUUUUUUUUCCUGCGGGCGUCUCCCUGUCACACAGUUAGGAGGUUGGGUGCCCGCUGAUGUCAAGAGACAGUGAUCUGCACUUAUGAGGGGCGGGCGCUGCCAAGGUCUGACAGAGAGCAGUCGGCUGGUUUCUCCACUUCCAUCUGAACAUUAAGAAGGGAAGUGAAAAGACACGGGGCAGCUGGAAAAGCGGGUCGGACUAUACCGGUAGUUGCUCACACCAAGUUCUGCUCUGCAGCAAAACAAAACAGAGCAGCAGCAACAAAAUGGCAAGUUCUGCCUCUUUGGACGCAGUGAUGUCCUGCGGAAGGACUGGACCGUCCGCGGCUCCCAAAACCCUGGCUUUCUCCAUAGACUGGAUCAUGUCCAAGAGCUCGGAGCCGAAAGGGAGCGCGGAGGAACGGUCAGAAGGGAAAAGGCUACUGGGGCUCUGCUCCCCAAUUCCUUGCAUGAUCCCGUUACAGCCCUUCAGCUACGACCUCCAAGCCAAGGCGCUGAUGAGCUAUUCGGAGCUGUGGAGAGCCAGUCUCAGGGGAAGUUUUUGCGGCUCCCCAGCCGCUCCCUGCAAAGGAAACUGCGGCUUGUGCGGGAAAGCGGAUCCGGGCCUAAAACAGCCGCUUCUGACGUCAGGGAACAGGGUAGUAAAACCACAGGCUCUGAACCAGGCCGUGGCCGUGCCUAGCAGCGGCUCGCUCUACUAUUUCAAUUACCUGGACUCUACAUACCAGCAGUCGGAGCUGCUGGCCGGACAAUGGCUCUCCAGCUCGCAGGCCCAGGCCUCUCUGUCGGCGCACCACAGACUCUUUCUGCUGGAAAAUGCCAAACUGGCCGGUGUGGGAACCGACAAGCUGCCCACACCUCAAUAUCCACACAAGGAACAUCUGCCAGGGCAGCUUGACCAGAUAGUGAAGGAGAACCAUGGCCUUACGGCUGAAAAAAGCAGCAUAAAGACGCACAACAAACUCAGCAGCAGCGGCAGCAGCAGUGGUGACGGAAAACCCAAAAAUUUCACCUGCGAAGUGUGUGGAAAGGUUUUUAAUGCGCAUUACAACCUGACCAGACACAUGCCGGUGCACACCGGGGCCCGGCCCUUCGUGUGUAAAGUGUGCGGGAAAGGAUUUCGGCAAGCCAGCACGCUGUGCAGACACAAGAUCAUCCACACACAGGAAAAGCCUCACAAAUGCAACCAGUGUGGGAAAGCCUUCAACAGAAGUUCGACGCUCAACACUCACGUGCGGAUCCACGCAGGGUACAAACCGUUUGUCUGCGAGUUCUGCGGGAAAGGCUUCCACCAGAAAGGAAACUACAAGAACCACAAGCUGACACAUAGCGGGGAAAAGCAGUACAAGUGCUCGAUCUGCAACAAGGCCUUCCACCAGAUCUACAACCUGACUUUCCACAUGCACACACAUAAUGACAAGAAGCCCUUCACCUGCACCACUUGUGGCAAGGGUUUCUGCCGCAACUUCGACCUGAAGAAGCACAUCAGGAAACUGCACGACAAUGGCUUCUCUGCAGCUUCAGAGGUCUCCAGAGAGUUGCAGAGCUGAGCCACCACUUGCUUCCUGCAAUAACUGUAUAGCUGGCUUACUAUGGGCUCUGCACACCGAGCAGUUUUUAAGGCCUGACAAGGAAGUGGGGGAGUCCAAAAAACUGGACAUGAUUCCUUGAAAAGAAAGGCUCUCGUGAGUGCAGGAAUGCUGCAUGGAAUAACAAACAUACCAGUAAAAUAUCCACCUAACGCUGAGUCCCUAUCUGUACAAAUAUUAUAGGGAUUUUUUUUUUUCUGUCCAGAUAGAAUUUCUUCAUGCAUUUCCACUUAAAAGCAACAGACUGAGGGAGAAAUCAUCUGUCCCCAUGAUGACACUGUAAAUAAUAGGUUAUAAUAAUAAUAAUAAUAAUAAUAAUAAUAAUAAUAAUAAUAAUAAUAAUAAUAAUAACAAUAAUAAUAAUAAUAAUAACAUUAUUUAAAAUAUGAAUAAUCUGGGUGGUGCAUUGCCAUUUUGUUUAUUUCACAGAAAAAUUGUUAAUGUGAAUAAAUAAGUUAACUUAUAAUGGAAACUGAAUGUCUGAGCCAUGUUGUUUGCAUUUUGAAGGAAUUUGAAAAUAAAAUUAUUAUAUGAUGAAA